AUGCUCCGCUGUUCCGACGGCUCCUAUUAUGUAGGGCACACCAACGACCUGGAACACCGGCUAGCAGCCCAUGAAAGGGGAGCAAUAGAAGGCUACACUCUGUCGCGACGCCCGGUGGAGUUGGUGUUCAGCGACCAGUUCUCUACGAGGCAGGAAGCCUUCCAUCGGGAAAGGCAGAUUAAGGGAUGGUCCAGGGCCAAGAAGGAGGCCUUGAUAAAGGGCGAUUGGGAUGGGCUGGUGGAAUUAUCCAACAGAAGUAGUGGACAGGCCAUCCUUCGACAGGCUCAGGAUGAAAGUGUUGGUAGAUGA